GGGAGGAGAGCGAGUGAGUGCAGUUUGAGUUGUGCUCUGCGCUCUUUGCCAGCCAGAGGUGUGUUUUCGGCUCCACUCUCUGUAUCUCUGGGUAGCAGCACCCCGCCGUGCAGCCAGCCUUGAGUGCCAUGUCUAACAGCUGUCUUGGCAAAGGGUUACAGCUCAUCUGAAGGGGGAAGGUGGCACCUUGCUUUGAGGAGGACAGAAGAUAAAAGAAGACUGACCAGUUGCAGAGAGAGAGGGGGGAUAUAUAACUGACAACCCCCCCCCCCCCCCCCCCACCUCACUAAACAGGGCAAAAACGGAAGGCUUUGGAGUAUUCAAUUUUUUCUUUCGUUUUGUAUUUUUCUUAUUCCUCAUCGCGGUGCUGGGAGGUGCUUCAUCUUUUCAUAUAGUCUCUCUCUCCAUCACUUGCCUCCUCAUCUAUUUCUCCAUCUACCUGGUGUACAAUUUCCUCUAUUUAUGAGUGAGAGAAAAGAGGAAGGAGGGAGGAGUUUUGUUUGAAUUUUUGUCCUUCCUUUCCUUCCUUUCUCUCCACUCUUUCCCCCCUUUUCACCAAACCAUAUCAUACCUGUCAGUCCCUUCUUGUCAUUUCAUUUCUAGCUGCUGCCAUCAGUUCAUCAUUCCCCAUCCUACGCCUCUUUCUGUCUCUGAAGUCUGAUGUUAUAUGAACUUGGAUGAUUUUUUUUCUUUUUCUUUUUUCAAAGACAACUAAAAAGAAACUCCUCAUGAAUGACUCUUUUUUUCCCCUUUUCCUUCUCUUUUGGUCCCUCCACACCCAUUUUCUUUGCAUCACACCCGUGCGGGAUUCUUAAAUGUUACUCUAGACUGAGAGAGAGGAGAGCGCAGAGCGGGCCGGAAAACUGAUCACCAUGAGCGGCUAAAGCAAAGCGAAGGCAAGCAAAGCCAAAAGAAGAAGAAGAAGAAGAAGGAAGGGAGGGAGGGAAAAAGAAGAGGAGGAGUACGUGCACACCCACUGCUGCUCAUCACCUCAUCUCCACGGCAACUGUGUUCGCACGCUCGCAGACUUCUGGGAGGAGACCUUGGCGUGCUGCAUCGGGGGAAAGAGAAUCGGAUGGAAAGGGACGAAUGAAGGAGCGUCCCUUCAUCACUGCCCAUCUGUUAUCUUUUUAGUUUAUUUUAUUGAGUUCACACUGACAUUUUUAGUUGAUGGUCAACUUUUAAAGUAUUCUAAGAUCUGAGUCAAAAGCACAUUACAACAGCAGAUUCCUCUUUUUUGGCCUCUUUAUGUGUAAAAAUCAUUGUUUCUAAGCAAUUAAGUGUCCGAUUACACUCCAAAAACAGUCACCUUCACCCUGAUAAAGCCCCAGCAUCGCCCACCUCCACCCUCACUCAACCCAAGAACCUCUCGCCCUGCAAGACCCCCCCCCACCUCAGUCUUCCGUGCGUGACUUCAUCUGUCUACCAUCCCUUUAUCCGAGGCUAUGAGAGGAGGAGUCGAAUCCCAGAUCACUCCAUCAUGCCAGUUCUGAAGAGCAGAGAGGAGAUCCGGGCUGGCAAUGUUCAAGGGACGGCAUUCACACUCCUCCACAAUGCUUGUCAGCCUCCACCUUCCUCCCUCCCAUCUUCAGGACAAGCGCUUCGUCUCCCCCUCCUCCUCCCCCCAUCAUCCUCCUCCUCCCCCAGACCCGUCCUCUCACCUUCCUUAUUCUCGGCCUCGGCUGACUCCGCCCUUCCUCUCCUUGUCCUUCUCUCUGCUCCUCCUCUCCAUGCUCCUCCUGCCCGUCUGCGAGUCUCGCAGGGGCGGAGGUCCAGGUACGGGGCCUGGAGGUGCCCCAGGGGGACAAGGUGGCCAGAGGGGAGGCGGCACCCAGAGGGGCGUCGUCAUCCCUCCUCAAUACUCUCCCGCCUUACCGGUUCUUCCCCCAAUCAAUCCCAAACUGAUCAACUCCCUCAGUAUAGCUGUCAUCCUGGUGGGCAACUCUAGUGACGUAGCCCUGGGGGCUGGACUUGAGAAAGAGGACUUCCUCCACAUCCCUUACCCUCCCAAAGUCGAGUUGGUCACCAUGAAUGAGACCGACCCAAAGAGCAUCAUCAAUCGGAUCUGCGCACAAAUGACAAGGAACUCUCUGCAAGGUGUAGUGUUCGGAGAUGACACGGACCAGGAGGCCAUCGCUCAGAUCCUGGACUUCAUAUCUGCCCAGACACACAUUCCCAUCCUGGGCAUCAGGGGAGGCUCCUCCAUGGUCAUGGCUGCCAAGGACGACCACUCCAUGUUUUUCCAGUUUGGUCCGUCCAUCGAGCAGCAGGCCUCCGUCAUGUUGAACAUCAUGGAGGAGUAUGACUGGUACAUCUUCUCCAUAGUCACCUCGUACUACCCUGGCUACCAGGACUUUGUCAACAAGGUCCGAAGUACCAUCGACAACAGCUUCGUGGGCUGGGAGCUGCAAGAAGUCUUCCUGCUGGACAUGUCCGUGGACGACGGAGACUCCAAGAUCCAGAACCAGCUGAAGAAACUGCAGAGUCCUGUCAUCCUGCUCUACUGCACGAAGGAGGAGGCCAGCACCAUCUUCGAGGUGGCCCAUUCUGUGGGCCUUACGGGUUACGGCUUCACCUGGAUCGUGCCGUCGCUGGUGGCCGGAGAUGCAGACCACGUUCCCGCUGUCUUCCCUACAGGGCUUAUCUCAGUGUCGUAUGACGAAUGGGACUACAACAUCGAGGCCAGGGUGCGUGAUGCGGUGGCUGUCAUUGCCACGGCGACCUCCACCAUGAUGCUGGACCGGGGGCCACACACACUGCUGAAGUCCAGCUGCCUCGGGACACUUGACAAGAAAAGCUCCAACACCGGCCACUCCAGGGAAAUACUGAAGUACCUCAUGAAUGUGACAUUUGAAGGCCGUAACCUGUCAUUUAGCGAAGAGGGUCACCAGAUGUUCCCCAAACUGGUCAUCAUUCUUCUAGACAAGGACAGACAGUGGGACAGGGUUGGCAAGUGGGAGAGAGGCUCUCUGACGAUGAGAUACCAUGUGUGGCCUCGCUUUGAGCUGUACUCUGCGGCGGAGGAGCGGGAGGACCACCUGUCCAUCGUGACUCUGGAGGAAGCGCCGUUUGUCAUCGUGGAGGACGUGGAUCCGCUCAGUGGCACCUGCAUGAGGAACACUGUGCCAUGCCGCAAACAGCUCAAACUCAGCAAUCAGACUGGCGAUUCAGGGAUUUACAUCAAGCGCUGCUGCAAAGGUUUCUGUAUUGACAUCCUGAAGAAGAUUGCCAAGGCGGUCAAGUUCACUUACGACCUCUAUCUGGUCACCAACGGCAAACAUGGCAAGAAGGUUAACGGGACAUGGAACGGCUUGGUUGGUGAGGUGGUGCUGAAGAAUGCCCACAUGGCAGUGGGUUCGCUCACCAUCAAUGAGGAGAGGUCCGAGGUCAUUGACUUCUCUGUGCCUUUCAUUGAGACGGGGAUCAGUGUCAUGGUCUCCCGUAGCAACGGCACCGUGUCCCCCUCCGCCUUCCUUGAGCCCUUCAGUGCUGAUGUCUGGGUGAUGAUGUUUGUGAUGUUGCUGAUGGUGUCGGCCGUGUCUGUGUUUGUGUUUGAGUACUUCAGCCCUGUGGGUUACAAUCGCUGCCUGGCAGAUGGACGAGAACCCGGCGGCCCCUCUUUCACCAUCGGUAAGGCCGUCUGGCUGCUUUGGGGUCUGGUUUUCAACAACUCCGUCCCCGUGCAGAAUCCCAAAGGGACCACCAGUAAGAUCAUGGUGUCGGUGUGGGCCUUCUUCGCUGUCAUCUUCCUUGCCUCCUACACUGCCAACCUGGCUGCCUUCAUGAUCCAGGAGGAGUACGUCGACCAGGUGUCGGGCCUGUCAGAUAAAAAGUUCCAGAACCCUAAUGAAUUCUCGCCCCCGUUCCGGUUUGGCACGGUGCCCAACGGGAGCACAGAGCGCAACAUCCGCAACAACUACCGGGACAUGCAUCAAUACAUGACCAGCUUCCACCAGAAGAAUGUAGACGAGGCGCUGUACAGUCUGAAGUCCGGCAAACUGGAUGCCUUCAUCUACGACGCGGCGGUGCUGAACUACAUGGCGGGCAGAGACGAGGGCUGUAAGCUGGUCACCAUCGGGAGCGGCAAGGUUUUUGCCUCCACCGGCUAUGGCAUCGCCAUCCAGAAGGGCUCGGGCUGGAAACGAGCCGUGGAUCUGGCCAUCCUCAUGCUGUUUGGAGAUGGUGAUAUGGAGGAGUUUGAGGCCCUGUGGCUGACGGGCAUUUGCCACAACGAGAAGAACGAGGUGAUGAGCAGCCAGCUGGAUGUGGACAACAUGGCGGGGGUCUUCUACAUGCUCGGCGCCGCCAUGAUCCUGUCGCUGAUCACCUUCAUCUGUGAACAUUGGUUCUACUGGCAGCUGCGCUUCUGCUUCAUGGGCAUGUGCACGGGGCAACCCGGGGCCACCUUCUCCAUUAGCAGGGGUAUCUGGAGCUGCAUCCAUGGGGUACAAAUUGAGGAAAACAAGUCCACCAUAGACUCGCCCUCGGCCACCAUGAAGAAGAACAUGAACAACACCCACUCCAACAUCCUGCGUUUGCUCCGCACUGCCAAGGACAUGACCGCCGUCCCGGGCAUUAACGGCUCGCCGCACGCCGCCCUGGAGUACAGCCACAGCGGCCGUGACUCGGCCAUCUACGAUAUCCAGGAGCACCGGCGCAGCUUGGUGGGCCACCCCGUCGACUGCAAGUCAGCUCCUCCCUACCUGCCAGAGGACAACAUGUUCAGUGACUACAUCAGCGAGGUGGAGAGGACUUUUGGUAACUUGCCCCUGAAGGACAGCAACCUGUACCAGGACCAUUACCUGCACCACCACCCGGCCUCGGCUCUGGGUAUGUCCGGCCCCCUGCCUAACAGGCCGUGUAGCUUAGGCAGCACUAGCUCGUUGGAGGGGGGCAUGUUCGAUUGCGACAGUUUAGGGGGAGGGGUUGCGCCCAUCUUCACCACCCAGCCCCGCCCCUCCAUGACUCACAGGAAUACCAAUAAGUUUGACCUGAUUGCUGGCCACACCCCUGCGGAUUCCAGCCAGGGUGGGUUCAAGGGAAACAAUGUAUACGGCAGGUUUUCUUUCAAAGGAGGUGCAUCCAGCACGGGGCUCAUCGGGGGUCAUGACAGGUACUGUGGUGGGCGCGGGGGAGGCUCAGGGGGGGACGAUGGGAACAUUCGCUCGGAUGUCUCGGAUAUCUCCACGCACACUGUCACCUACGGCAACCUGGAAGGCAACAACAAGCGGCGUAAGCAGUACAGGGACAGCCUGAAAAAGAGGCCAGCUUCGGCCAAGUGCCGACGGGAGCAGGACGAGAUAGAGCUGAGCGGCCUCAGGAGGAGAGCCCACCACCACACCGUCCACCACCACUUCUCCCACGGGCCCCUGGCACACCGCACGGUCUCACCUCCCCUGGAGCGGAAGAGGGGAGGCGGAGGGGGUAAUUCUUCACCUUACUUGUUCCGCAAAGACAAAGAGAACCUGAGGGAUUUCUAUGCGGACCAGUUCCGCUCCAAGGAGGGCAAGGCCAAGUGGGAGCAAGAGGGUGGAAGUGGAGGAAGCGGCGUGGGCGGUGGUAGUGGUGGUGGUAUCUGUAAAAGCUUAGUACCUGUGGAAGACUUCCUCAAAGGUAAAGGCAAGAAGCCAGAGUGUAAAGGUGGGCUCGGGUCAGUGUCGGCAGGGCAGCAGGCCCACACCUGCUGGGAGAAGGGAGUUUCUGGGCUGGGAGGUGGGGGCAUAGCAGGGGGCGACUGGGAGUGUCGUAACUCCCACAAUGUGUGUCACCACGGUGGAGGCGUGGGAGGAGGCGGCGCUUGCCAGGCUAGUGGGGUUGGCGGUAGCAGCAGUCGCCCCAGCUCCGCUAGCUGCAAGCGCUGUGACUCAUGUAAGAUCCCGCCGAGCAACCUUUACAACAUCAGCGAGGAUAACAACAUGGUGUUCGCCGGAGUGAAGAGUAGCCUAGGACCCAGCAAAGUACAAACUCAGGCACAGGCGCAGCGCAGGAAACUAGGGCCGGGCGGGAGGGUGUUAAGGAGGCAGCACUCGUAUGACACGUUUGUGGACCUGCAGCGGGAGGGGGCGGGCCGCAUGGGAGGGGGCGGCGGGGGGAAGUUGCGGAGUGUGAGCUUGAAAGACAAAGACCGCUUCAUGGAGGGCCCCAGCCCUUACGCUCACAUGUUUGAGAGGUACGCAGGGGAAAGAGAGUCUUCCAUGUUUGGGGGAGUAGGUGGGGAUAGGGCAAAGGGAGGCUCCUCCUUCAGUUUGUUCCGCGGAGGCGAAGGUGGGUUGCAUCAGCGGUCCAUAGGGGAGAGAGACAGAGAUAGAGCUAUGAUGGGAGGUGGUGGUGGUGAUGGUGGCGGUGGUGGUAGCAGCAGAGGGGCCGGGACUUACUCCUUGUCUAAAUCUCUCUACCCAGAUAAGGUGAACCAGAACCCCUUCAUCCCAACCUUCGGCGACGACCAGUGUCUAUUACACGGCGCCAAACCGUACUACGUCAAAAAGCCACAGACGCAGCAGCAGCAGCAGCUUCUCAACAACAGCCGAGGAGGAGGGGACUUCCACGGCUCCAUGGGAACGACUUCCUAUUUGCCUGUGUCCGCCACAGCUGGGGUGAUGUCCAAUGUGGCCCCUAGGUUCCCCAAAGAUCUGUGUCUGAGCGGGGUUGGGGGGCCCAUGGGGAACCACCACGGGGCCAGCAAGCCACUGCCGGUGGGCAGGGACACGUUAGGUCUGGGGCCGGGACAGAGAUCCUUCAACGGUGCCAGCAAUGGACACGUUUAUGAAAAGCUCUCCAGCAUUGAGUCAGACGUCUGAGGGUGAAGACGGAGGAAGAGAGAGAGAGAGGGAGAAGAUGAAGUGGGCGAAGAAAAGGGGCGAGAGAAACAUACAGAUGCUGAUGACCUCUCAGUGCGGCGAGAACGAGGAGACACAAUGCUGUGUGUGUCGUUCUUGACGAAUUUGGACGAUGCACAGAGGCCACUGCAGGCUAAGCUGUGAAGUCUGGCGGGAGACAAGUUCUAAAUGAGGAGAGAGGAUUCUGGUGCUGCUCCGACGCUCAGAGAAAGAUAGGGAGGGAGGGAAGGAAGGGGGGGGGGGGGGAGUGAAAUCAAAUCUCC